AAGAGAGUAGAGGUGACAUCUCUGGUGAAUCUCUAGAGGCGACCCCAGACUUGAACCAGCCGAUGCUUUUCCUGUCAGAUCCUUUUUUGGCCUUCGUGAAGAGUCAACUGCUUCUAAAUUUCUAGCGCUGAUCUCUCUAAUCUUUGGAUAUCUUUACUAGUAGUACUUCAGCUCAUUUUCCUUUGAUUCUGGAGACACCAUUUUGGCUCCAAUGAUCACUGGGCAGCUGAGCAAGCCGCUACUCUCCCUGCGAGGAGAGAUGGAAGGCGCCGAGCUGCGCGAGGACGAGAGGGCUCCCAGCCCGGACAGCGAGACUAAUGAGGAACCUCUCCUUCUGCCUCCGGAUGCCGAAGACAAGCUGUACGGUGGCAGAGGUGGAUCAGUCCAGUCAGAUGCAAGCAGUAGCCCCUCUGAGCAGGGUCAUAUGUGUCAGCCCCAUCCAGCGUACCCUGUUGGACCACAGUCUCUACUGGUGGCCCAGCAGCUGGCCUCAGCCAUGAGUGGUGUGAUGUCAGGAGGUGCGCCGAGUCUAAACCAGCCAAUCCUCAUCCCCUUUAAUGCAGGUGGGCACCUGGGUGGGCAACAGGGCCUGGUCCUGUCUCUGCCUACAGCAGCCAAUAUCCAGGGGCUGGUGGCUGCAGCAGCCGCUGGGGGCAUCAUGACUCUCCCUCUACAGAACCUGCAAGCUACCUCAUCGCUCAACUCCCAACUCCAGCAUCUUCAGCAUCUCCAACAAAUACAGCAGCACCACCAGCAACAACAGCAGCAGCAGCGAGAACGGGAGCACCGAGAGCGAGAGCAGCAAAGAGAGCGAGAGCAGCAGAGAGAGCGGGAGCGAGAGCAGCAGCGAGAGCGAGAGCGUGAACGUGAACGAGAGCAACACUGUGGGUCAGCACACCUUCAGCCUCUCAAUCAGCUGCCAUCCCAUCAUCCACUGACUCCGCCAAUCAAGUUACAAGCCACUGGUUCUUUGACAGGAACCGCCUCCUCUUGUACCUCCUCCAGUCUUGGUUCAGUUCAGCCGUCACAAUCUCCACCAUGUCAUAAGCAGAACCAAUCACCAGCGCACAGCCUCCCCUCGCCAGUCACACCUCCUCUGCCACUGCAGCUCAAUCCACUAGCCAGCCAGGCAGCAGUAGCAGCAGCGACCAUGGGCUCUAUUGCUGGAUCACAAGUGUUUGGGAACGCUGGUCUGCCGAGUCUGCAGGGUGUCACAGGCCAACUGGUCACCAAUGCACAGGGACAGAUAAUUGGUACAAUCCCACUGAUGCCAAACUCUGCAGGACCUUCCAACCAGACAGGGGGUGGGGCUUCAUCUCUCCAGGUCCAGCCCAUCACGCCGCAACUGCUGACCAAUGCACAAGGUCAGAUCAUCGCUACGGUGAUCGGGAACCAGAUCCUGCCUGUCAUCAACACACAGGGAAUCACGCUAUCACCAAUCAAACCUGGACAGCAGCUCUCCCAGGCUGCCCAGACCCAGCCACCUCCCCCUGUGUCUCAGCCAGGCCUGCUGCGAAUGCCCCACAGCCAGAGUCCUCUCCGGCAAGCCUCUUCAUCCUCCUCGACCUCUUCAUCCUCAUCUUCAGCACUCAGUGUGGGGCAGCUGGUUAGCAACCCUCAAACUGCUCCGAGUGAAGUGGAUGGUGUGAAUCUGGAGGAGAUUCGGGAAUUUGCCAAAGCAUUUAAAAUCCGUCGUCUGUCUCUGGGUCUGACGCAAACUCAGGUGGGCCAGGCUCUCAGUGCCACAGAGGGGCCUGCCUACAGCCAAUCCGCCAUCUGCAGACACACCAUCCUGAGAAGCCACUUUUUCCUACCACAGGAAGCCCAAGAGAGCACUAUAGCUAGCAGUCUGACAGGCAAACUGAACCCUGGCCUUUUAUAUCCUGCCAGGUUUGAGAAGUUGGACAUCACGCCAAAAAGCGCCCAGAAGAUUAAACCCGUGCUGGAGCGCUGGAUGGCCGAGGCAGAAGCCCGCCAUCGCUCGGGCAUGCAGAACCUGACCGAGUUUAUCGGCAGUGAGCCAUCGAAAAAGCGCAAGCGCCGGACCUCUUUCACGCCACAGGCCCUGGAGAUCCUUAACAGCCACUUCGAGAAGAACACACACCCCUCGGGCCAGGAAAUGACCGAGAUCGCUGAGAAACUGAACUACGACCGCGAGGUGGUGCGCGUCUGGUUCUGCAAUAAAAGGCAGGCGCUUAAAAACACAAUAAAGAGGCUGAAGCAGCCGGAGCUUGGGGCUGUCGCACCUAUGGACCCUCUGGCUGACCCUUUGGAAGAACAUCCAUAGAUCAGAUAGACUCGAGGGAGAAAAACUGGACCCACUUACCGAUGAUUCACUCGACUGGACACUAAAAACCUGGAUGUGUCUAACACUGUACUGUGAUGGACCACCAUCAAGGAUAGAAAUGUUGAUAGGAGUGUUGUAAUGACAUUGAAGUGAAGAGACUUAAGCAAAAAAAAAAAGAAAAGAAAAAUCUAAAUGCUUACAGGUUCGAGGUCCUCAUCCAGGACAGAGCAGAGAAUUUUCACUAGAGAUCACACCUAAAUCAAGGACAACUAUAAAAACUACUACAACCAAAGUCUGAUGUGUCUGAUUCCUGAAGGGUUUUGUUUUGUUUUUUGUAAAUGUGUUCGAAAUUUUUACAUUUGUACUGACCAAAAGGGGGGAAAAAACAUAUAUGUGUAGGGGCUCUGGGGUGGUGGGAGGGUGUAACAUUAUCUUUGUCUCACUUGCUCACUUGGGUUUAUAUGUAAAUAUUAUGCUAAUUUUGUCUUCAAAUUGAAAUCACAAACUCUUUGGAAACUUUGUCUCAGAGAUGACCACAUCAUAUACCUGUGGUCCUUUCUUUAGUCACCUCACUCCUGUUUGUAAAAGUAUAAUUUAAAAGUUUUUUUUUUUUUAUCUCUGGAAGAAUGGGUUAUAUGUCAAAGGUGGUCGAUAUGGUAGAACCCACAUUGUUGCAGCUGUGACUUAAACUACAGUAUGUCAUUGUAUUGCCAAAGCCUUCUAGCCAAAGAACAUCAUUCUUCAGCCCAAGGACAUGGGCUGUAGCCCAAGGACUAUACAUGGGCAAAAACAUUACUUUUUUUUUUUCCUUUUGCUGUGAUGAAAUUUUUCAGUGUUUUGUCCCAAACAAUGGCUUCAGGUCUGCAUGAUUUGCAGCACACAACCAAUGUGUGGAAAAUUAAAUGAGAUCAUUUCUACGAUUCAUCAUUUUCGUGCAUGUUUUUGUUAACUUUAUAAUUCAGUAGGUUUGUUGUAACUUUGUGUGUGUCAGACAAAAGAAAUGAUCAAAAUAUACAAAGCUACCAAAAUGAACAACCAGCUCUCUCACGAAAUGUCUAAGAAUUCUAAAUAGUCGGAUCCUUUGUUUGAUUUUAUACAAACGGAGCUGUAACCUAACCUAACCAUGCAUGUGCUUUUUUUAUGAGUUGUCUAAUAGAAAUUCUUAUGACUUUGCAAUUGGUGCAAACUGAGCUUCAGAACAAGACGUACUACAACAAAGGAAGUACUAUACUUACAUUCCCUAAAGUUUGUCUUUCUUCCAUUUUGCUGUCACAUGACAGAAUUUUAUUUCUUCAACACAGUCAUUAAAGUCUGCUUGAGAAACACUGAAAACUAAAUAUUAAAUACAAUCACAAUUUUAAACAGCAAGGUAGAUUAUAAUUGAAAUGAUGUCCUUUAAAUCAAAUGUCUGUAAGAAGCCGUAAUGAGAGCUGCUUUAGACAAUAAGCUUUUGGACACACACACACACACACACACACACAAACUUAUUUGAGUUAUGAGUAGUUCAGGUAAAUUUUAAGGGAUGGGUUAGCAGCUAGAUAUCUUAUAACUGUCUAGGUCCUGGUUGAAAUUCUUCAAAAUUUGGUGAGAAAUCAGGUUGAUUAGACUAAUGACAGGCAAUAACACGGAUAUCUAAAAAUAAUAAUGUUCGAUUUUAUAACCCUGGAUACUAUAGUUUGUGCUAAUAUCUGUCGAUCUGUGCUGGUUUCAUUUUUAACUUUGUUCACUUGAAAACUACAAAUAAAAAAUAGUUAGUAUCAAAACAAGGAAGUGUUCAAAUAUGAACGAUGACAUUUCCCCUAAUUCAGUGCAAAAUAUAAUUAAAAUUAUGAAGGUUAAACCUUUUUUAUUAGUUUUCUUUUGUAAAGGAAACUCGUGUUUUCAACUUAUUGUUUUUACUCCAGAAAGCAAUGAAAAUAUUGUUACAGCUAGCAAGUUUCAGAAGUAAAUUUAUUACAGAAUAAUAUUUAUUUGAGGAUCAAUCAACACAAUUCCAGCAAUCAUAUAAAUACAAGUGAUCCAAGCAUGUCCAGGUUUUUAUUCAAGCAAAGGAAAAAAUAGAUUUUCCAAAUCACCAAAAUCCUACAUUUUUUAAUUUCCUCUUCAUUUGUCUUCAUGCUCUACUGUAAGCGUUGUGUUGCGUUCUCUUUCACGUCGAUAUUUUUUAAUGGAAUACACUGAGCUGCCAGGUUACAGUUUAUUAGACUUAUUAGAUGUAAACUGCUCUAAUUAUGAUCACACUUUUUUUUCAUUUUCAUCUGACUAGCCUGGGUUUUCUGGUUGCAGACAUGGUGUAUCAUACAGAGAUUUAACAAAGAAGCUGUAACCAAAAAAAGAAGAAGAAGAAAAGAAAAAAAAAACUUAAACCAAGAGACAAAGAAAUAAAAGAGUUCUGCCUUUGCUCAACUUUUGAAUGCUGGACCAAAGCUCAAUUGUAAUAUGCACACUGUACAGAGAAAUGGCUAAAUGUUGCUGACAAUCUUUAAAUAUUUGCAAUGUUUGAGGAAAAUGAAUGGAAGAAUCAUAUAAGUCUAGCAUCAAGAUUACCUCAUGACUGUACAUGUAUGCAGUGAGCAGUGAGUUUUUAGAAGAGAAAUGAACAGCAACUUGUGGUUUUGUGUAAAUGUGUGUAAGUAGAUUUCACUAGUCGUGGUAGGUCCUCAAAGAGAGUGUGGGUCUACCAGUUAUCUUUCAUGCUGUGGUUUCCAGGGUUACGUGUGUAGAACAUUUUAGACUUUAUUGUAACGGUUUUGUUUGUUUGUUUGUCUGUUUGCCCCCCAUGUGAUUUACAUUGAUGAACUUUAUUGACUGUGACUGGAAUUGCCCAAUAUAAUAGGGCGCAAGGAGAGCUUUGUGACCGAACUCAAUUGUCUUGAACUGAUUACACACUCACACACACACACAGAGAGAGAGAGAGAGAAAGAAAGAAAGAAAGAAAGAAAGAAAGAAAGAAAGAAAGAAAGAAAGAAAGAAAGAAAGAAAGAAAGAAAGAAAGAAAGAAAGAAAGAAAGAAAAUAUUGAAAAGUGUUGCCACUGAACACCUCGAAAACCAAA